CGAAGCUAUGGUUGAGGACCUGAACAUGAUCCUGAACCUUGGCGACGUGCCCAAUCUGUAUCCAGCGGACGAGAAGGCGGAAAUCCUCGAGAAGAUGCAAACGAUCGCCAAGGACAUGGGCCGCAAGGUGGACUCGGCUCCGCUGGCGCUCUACAACUUCUUCAUCGAGCUGGUGCGCGCCAAUCUGCACGUGGUGGUGGCCAUGUCGCCCAUCGGCGACGCCUUCCGCAACCGGCUGCGCAUGUUCCCCUCGCUCAUCAACUGCUGCACCAUCGACUGGUUCACAGCCUGGCCCGAGGACGCCCUGGAGCGGGUGGCACACCACUUCCUCCGCGACGUGCCGGACAUGGACGAGGACCUGCGGCUGGGCUGCGUCUUUGUCUGCCAGCACUUCCACGAGAGCGUGCGAGUCAUGUCUCAGAGAUACCUGGCGGAGCUGAACCGACACAACUAUGUGACGCCCACCUCAUACCUGGAGCUGAUCCUGGCGUUCAAGGCGCUGCUGCAGCGCAAGCGGGACGACAUCCUGACGCUGCGGCAGCGCUACGUCACCGGCCUGGAGAAGCUGGAGUUCGCCGCCUCGCAGGUGUCAGUGAUGCAGGACGAGCUGACAAGCCUGCAGCCCCAGCUGAUCGAGACGUCGGCGCAGACAGAAAAGCUCAUGAUCAAAAUUGAGCAAGACACCAUGGAAGUGGAGGCCAAGAAGGAGCUGCUGCUGCUCACCUGGAUGUCGGUCAUAUUCCUGACGGUGCCGUUCUUCGCCAUGUCGAUGAUGUUCAUGGGCGCGACGCCCGAGUUCCGCUGCGCCGAUGGCCAGCCGACCAACGCCACGUUCGCGGCGCCGUGCCGCCGCUGGCUGUACGACGACCGCGACGGCGCCUGGAGCGUCGUCAGCCAGUGGGACCUGGUGUGCGAGCGACGGCCGCUGCUCUCCACUAUCCAGUCGACGGUGCAGCUGGGCGGUCUCCUCGGCUCGUUGGUGUCCGGUUACCUUGGCGACCGCUACGGCCGCCGGCUGGUCUACCUCGGCAUGAUCGUGCUGUACGUGGGUGCCGGCCUGAUCUCGGCCGCCGCCAGCUCUUACGAGCUUUUCGUCGCGUGCCGCUUCGUCACCGGCGUGGGCUGGAUGGGGGUGGUGAGCAGCAGCUUCGUGCUGAUCGUUGAGAGACACGCUGCGCGAGCUUACCAGGAGUCGAACGCUGUUGUUGGCACCGCGCCCUUCUGA